AUUAUAUUAUAUCAAGGACAAGGAUCCUCACAGUAUGAAUAUUGUAUGUUAUUAAGACCUCAUAUAUCAUGUUAACACGUUUGAAUUAAUAAUUUAAUAUUAUACAAAAACAAAGUGUCGAUUUGGAGGACAUUUACCCAUAAUGUUGCGCAGUUUAUAUAUUUAUUUAUUUGUAUUUAUUUUGGUAUUGAAAUGGCAGAUCAAAUGUUUUAAAUAUCUCAUUGCUUUAAUGUUCACUUAUUUGAGUUGAUUUUGCAGUAUUGCAUGUAUUUACGCGCUUAAUUGUGUGAAAUUAGGCCGUAAGCCAUAUAGCUUCUUCUGCGCUUUCAUGUGCUUUGCUUCUAAUGCGCAGACAAAAUUUCAACAAACCACACAGAAUUUCUCACAUUUUCCCCUCAGCAAGAGGUCCAAAUAGAAGGUUAUUUCAGAGCCUUAAUAAGAAACCCCCCUGCUACUUAAGAGCACCCUAUUUAUUUUCAUUUUUUCUCAGAGUGGCACCAUCAAACCCCAAGCAUUGUAAGUGACCCUUAGAUAUGGCUAUCCUGGCAGGUGGUAAGGUUUGCUGGCAGAGAGAAGACGGUGAUCUCUUACACACACUUUGGAGUGAGGGUGGUAUCGGAUGACGCCUUUCCUGUUUGAAAUACAAACGUUUAGGUGGUCGCAAAAUCAUUUUGGUGCCGAGCUUUAUAAUCUCGCAUCCAAAAAUGACUCUUGCAAAUUCUUAAUCGGCCUCACGCUUACUGCGCGUGUCACAGCUGUUGCUGUCGGGAAUGUGAAGCGCUUCUUUGCGUUAUCAAUGGAUUUUGGAUAAAGCCAAGUGUGCCAGUUGAGCUAAACUACUGAUAAAAGUAUAACAGAAAAAAAUUACUCUAAAUAGGAUAUAAAAAGGACAGUUUUUCACACUUUUGUUGAACUAGCCUAUGUCUCUGUUUUUCUUACAGAUUCAUGCUAUUUUCCACUAAACAAAAACUCCUAUCAGGCUUGAUAAUUUUUGGUUGGUAAAGCGUAUUUAUGAUCAAUUAUCUUGAACUUCGAGAGGAUGUGUUGAUCAUUAUUAGCUUGUCAAAAGGUCUGAAAAAGUGUUAACUUUUAUUAUUUUUUUUAUUUAGGUCACAGUAGCAGGAUUUGUGUGACCGCGGUCAUCAUCACAAGCGCGCGCCGUCGUGAUUUUAUUAGUCUCUUUAUCGGAAAAUUCAGAUUGACAUUUUCAUGAGACCUGCAAAUACAAGUUUGUCAUGCAGCUAAAUGACUGUUAGAAUAGAAAGUUAUAAGAAGAAAAUAAUAUUUCAAAAAUCCUGCAGCAAAUACCUGUUUGGUUAACUGAAACUUUAAACUUAAAAAUGUAAAAAAUACAUGCAAUUUUACUGGAUUGUAAAAACGUUUGAUAGAAGGAAAAGGUAAGAAGUACGUAAUAAUUUCAUUGAAAAUGUAUAUUAUAUAUAACAAGGCAAUAUGCAUACUUUAUUUAAAAGUAUUGCUUAGAUUAUUUUAAUAAGUAAAACGUAUAAAUCACCUUAAAAUCAUUCAUAUAAUUGUAAUAUAGAGCAAGUAAAAUGCUUAAAUAAUUUAAUGACUUUUACAGAAGUGUAAAAUAAAUGUUUUUAUGAAGUACCAUGUCGUAAUACCUCACUAUAUUUUCUGGCACUAUUAGAUUAUUCGCUGGAACAUUACGCUUACUGCAAUUAAUAUUAGGAAAAUUAAGUAUGCUAUACCUAUUUGCAGUAAUACAGUUUUUCUACAAAAGUUACUUUAGUAGAGCGUUUUGAUGUUUUCCUUAUUUAUUAAUAACUUUAUUAAUUUAAUUAAAUAACGUAAAAAACAAAUCUAAAGCAUCGAUGCUUUAUAAAGACGACUAUAAUUGUUCUUUAAAAAAUUCACCAACUUUGAAUAUGUUUACUGAAAUGCUUAAUAUUGUUUACAAAUGGUUUAACACUUUAAAUAUCGCGCGAUUUAUACUCCUGUCGGAUUUAUCAGUUAAAUAAUCAUUAGGGAUAUCCAAACACACGGAAAGCGAAAGCAAGUGUAAUUGUUUCAUUUCGGGUCAUCACAGAGUUUCAUAAAUCUUAUUUAGUGCUUGUGCGCGUGGGUGGAGUUUCACCUUCUCCAUAUUCAGAAGUUGGGUGGUUGCUUGAAUCUCCCACUCUUUGCCGUAUAAAGAGAGGCCCUCGGUCUCUUUAAGACAAGACAAAUUAACGACUUGUACAAAUAAUUGGCUGCAUUGCUUCAUUUUUGACAUCACUAAUACAUUUAUGGUGUCCAUUGACGCGCUUCAUGCUUGAGACGAGGCCAGAGGACCAUGAUGGAGUACUUGAGCGACAAGUUCUCCUUGAAAAGUCAAGCGAUUAAAGGCAGCGAUUACUACAUGGACCAAGUCAUGGAGACUUUAGACAAUGUGCCGUACUACAACAAGACAUCACCUAAAUGCGUUCAAGCCUUCUCGAUGCAGAGCAAUGAUCAACACAGCACGAUGGACAGAUCGUCUCCGUGUGACAACCAAAACAGCGUGAAUUACUGCGCUCCAAAAACAGAGGACAGCAGCCUGCACGCGAUGGAGAACUGCUGCAGUAUCAGAGUCUCACCGGCCACAACCGGACCAGACAAAACAGAGCUGGACGACAUCGGCGAAAAAUGCGACAGCAACGUGUCGAGCAGCAAGAAGAGACGCCAUCGCACAACCUUCACGAGCGCUCAACUAGAGGAGCUUGAGAAAGUCUUUCAGAAAACCCAUUACCCAGAUGUGUAUGUGAGAGAACAGCUGGCCAUGAGAACAGAGCUCACGGAGGCCAGAGUUCAGGUAUGGUUCCAGAACAGAAGAGCAAAGUGGAGGAAGAGAGAAAGAUAUGGACAGAUCCAGCAAGCCAAAAGCCACUUUGCAGCGACCUAUGACAUAUCAAUGCUGCCCCGGACAGACAGCUACUCACAGAUUCCCAACAACUUAUGGACAGGUCCCGCUCCAGGCAGCUCCGUAGUGUCGUCCUGCAUGAUCCCGCGAGGUUCCCCUCCCUGCGUGACAUCUCCCUACCCCCACUCGCCGAGAGCCGCCGAGCACGGUUACGUGGGCUUCCCCAAUCACCAGCAAAAUCAGUUUGGAGUUAAUCACGUGUCUCUCAAUAACUUCUUCGCCGAUUCGCUUCUGGCUCCUUCGCCGAACAGUCACGCUGCGUUUGAAACCAAACCUGAGUUUGAACGGCGGUCCUCCAGCAUUGCUGUGCUGCGCAUGAAGGCUAAAGAACAUGCAGCCAACAUAUCUUGGGCCAUGUGAACUUAUCUGAACUUAUUCUAACAGUUGUGUUCUGAACAGUUUUUGCCUAGUAAUAACAAUACAACCAGUUACUUUCAAGUGGCUGCCCGAUUUUUAUUAUUACUUUUUAUAUUUUUAUUGGAACAACAAAGAUAUCGGCCCAUGAUUAUAGACUGUUUAAAAAUUCUGGAAAAUUCUUUUAAAAAUAAUUUAAUUAAAAAACCUCUUAAUUGAACAGUGUUUUUUCUUCUUUUGUCUUAGCAUCUCUUGUAGUUAUGAAUAUGAAGGGCACAGAACUCAACAGUUUUACACUCCUCAUGACGUUAACAGAGAUGUUAUGGCUGACAUACUAACACUAUGUCUGUGUGCUUUGCAGCAAAGCUGUUUAACGCUCUCUAGCUGUGGCUAGUCUGCAGUGGGAGCACAUGUUUUAUUUUAUGGGAAUAAAAGUUAAUUCAAAUAA